AUGGGAAGCUCUGUCGUUCAGGUGAUCUCGAAGACCAAGACCACAAAGAAGGGAUUCGGGCACAAUCUCCAGACUUUUGACGACGCGGCCCGUCAUCCUGGACAACUUCAGGUUCGGAGCGCGAAGCCAAUCAACAACAUAAAAUCUACCCACAUCUACCCACUCCAUAUUCAACCAGAUCUGACUGAGGUCACCGCCCCACUCGUGGUGCCAUUCCGUCGACCAAGCCUCCGCCUCCGCAAACGGGCUCCGGGGCAAGAGAACGGUCCCAGGGACGCCAUUGGACAGCCUGUAUUAUUGGUCACACCUGGCCGUUCCGCCGCUGGCAUCAUUCCACACUUCUACCCCACUCGUAUGUCCAGCCUCGUCUAUCAUUCUGCUACCGUCUUCUCAUCGCCUCAUCGCCAUCCUGCCAUCUUCAUUCCAUGUUUGGGAAGCCAACAAGCUGAUAAUCACCGCGGUGCACCCAGUACAGAUGCGUGGAUCUAG